AUGUCCACCGGCUCGGUGAGUGACCCCGAAGACACGGAGAUGCGGGGGCUGCAGCGGGUCUACCCGGCCCCCGCCUCCAAGAGGCCACCCCUGCUCCGCACAGAGCGCAGUUACGCCUCGCCCAGCGACAACUCUUCGGCGGAGGAGGAGGACCCCGACGGCGAAGAGGAGCCCGGCACCGUGGGAGCCGCCGGAGGCUGCAAGAGAAAGCGGCCCCGUGGGGCUGACGCCAGCGGCGCAGGUGGCGGUGCGGGCAGCACCGGGAAGAAGGCGCUCCCGCCCAAGGGCUCGGCCGCCGAGUGCAAGCAGUCACAGCGGAACGCGGCCAACGCCCGCGAACGCGCCCGGAUGCGCGUGCUGAGCAAAGCUUUCUCCAGACUCAAGACCAGCCUGCCUUGGGUGCCGCCGGACACCAAGCUUUCCAAACUGGACACGCUGCGUUUGGCUUCCAGCUACAUCGCGCACCUGCGCCAGCUGCUGCAGGAGGACCGCUACGAGGAUAGCUAUGUGCACCCCGUGAACCUGACGUGGCCAUUCGUGGUCUCUGGACGCCCAGACUCUGAUACCAAAGAUGUUUCUGCAGCCAACAGGCUUUGUGGAACUUCAGCUUAGAUGGCAGCAACACUGCUGGAUGGAUUGUGUUAAAUGCAAAGGACUGGGCCAAGGAAGUCCCAUCGAUUCCGGACCUUCUCCUUUCCCUGUGUUUGUGAACAAGACAGGUGACAAGUGUGGUUGCCCUCCUGGAACACAGGUGGCCAUGACUACCUUGAAUCAGUGCAAAAACUUGUAGCCAAAGAGAGCCCAGUUUUGAGGAAAGGGGAUAUCUGGGGAUUCAGCUCCUUCCCACCCACACUGUCCCUGAAGUCUUUUCUUACUGCCUAUUUGGGGACACACACUUCACCCCUGUAAUCAGGUCACCAUGCCACAGCACAGCCUUCUGUUUUUCCAGGGAUGCACUGUUCUUCCUGGUCCAAGGACUGCACA